AUGCUUCUUGGUCUGCCAGAAGAGCUCCUUUGCCUCAUUGUACAGGAAGUAGAUGGCCCUCAUGAUCACUACUCCUUAAUUCGAACUUGUCGUCGACUUUAUGCAGUCACGUUGCCAAUUCUCUACUCCGAUGUUGUUCUUUGUACGGCUGUUACCGGGCAUUGUGUUCGGCAAGUGAGUCGAUUCUUCUACGCAAUCGCCCAAAGGCCACAGUUAGCACAUGCGGUGCGGUCUUUACGAGUGGAAGUCUGGGAAACCGAGAACACGGAUGUUGAGUGUGCAUUUGAAUACGAUGGUUGCCUUGUUCGCAAACUCGUCGACGGUACAUCUUGGGAGCAGCAGCCAACCCGGCAGCUGAUCAAUGGAAACACUGAUGCUUGGUUAGCGUUGCUCAUCCCGCAGCUGAAAGGCUUAAGGGAAAUUAGCAUGUGCAGCCCAGAUGAACCUCAUUACGUCGAGACAAUGUUCCUGAAAGCUACCCGAGAGAAUGAUACGCCAUUUCCUCAUCUCAAGGAAGCUUUCGCAGAAUGGCAUGAUACCAAAAAUUCCUUGCAUGCAUGCUUCAUGGAACCGUUCUUCAGCUUUCCUGCGAUGCGCAAAGUUGGAGGGGCGGAUAUGCUCGAUUGCGAUUGCGAUGCGCGCGAAUCCCGCACUACGCCCUUCUCGGGAGUCACGGAUAUUGACCUGAAUAACACCAACACGGAGUGUGGGUUUGUCGACUGGAUUGAACCUUGCAAGGCUCUUAAGACCUUUCGGUUGACUAUUGGAGGACCAUUAGUCUCAGAUGGGCCUGAUUUCAUAGCGGCUCCUCUUCGAAAAUCUCUCUCCCUUCACAAGACUACCUUGGAGGGAUUGUGGAUAUGUGGUGAGGCUCUCUCGCCCUCUGAGGGCAAUGGUGGAUUGAUGGGAUCAUUUGUCGACUUCAGCGCGUUGAAAUAUCUACAUAUUUCUCUCAAAAUGCUGGUUGAGAGUGACCGCAUUGAGUCGACGCAUGAUCUCGUUUCGUUUUUGCCGCCAUCCCUUGAGACUUUGUAUUUGUGUUACUGUCAUGGCCAACUAUUUCCAUGGGCUAUCGAUCAAAUGCAAAGCUUGGUGGAUUCAAAAUCGUUGACACGUUUAACUUUGCUGGGGCUUGAGGGCUACGAAUCUUCCCGGGGUGAUUAUGAUGUUUCACUGGAUUUUACGCUCAAGCUGGGCGCAUUGAGCGAUAGAUGUGAAGAAGCAGGUAUAUUAUUUGAGGCUGUCCUCGAAGGAGACAGUAUGAGCACGAGCCAAUUCUUCUCGCUCUGGCCUUGUUCUUGA